AUGGAUUUGCCCUUAGGUGGGGACAAUGUGCAGCAGCUUCGUGACUCCAGUGAUCAAGAUUUCGAGGAGUUGAUCAACAUGGUAGAUAUGGCCAGAAAGCCACCUCACGUCAAGAGGUUCAAGAAAGCACUGGCAGAGUGGAAACCAGGCCCAGCGGAUGGAGCAGAAGGGGAGCUUCACAGCCUACUUGGAGGAGCGGAUCUUCUCUCCUACCACGACAAGUUCAUGGAGAUAGGCGGGGACAAUGUUCAGCAGCUUUUUGACUCGACGACGGAGGAUUUCCAGGAAGUGAUUGACCUUGUUGAUAUGGCCAGAAAGCCAUUUCACGUCAAGAGACUGAAGAAAGCACUGGGCCAGUGGACAGGACAGUCAGUCGCGGUAGCGUCCAGUGCGGCUGACGAAUCAGAAGAGGAACUUCACGAAUUACUUCGACUAGCGGAUCUUCUCUCCUACCACGACAAGUUCAUCGAACAAGGUCGGGUAGGGCCUUCUGUGUUAGGGAUGUGUCUAAUGUGUCCGAGGACACGUUACGGAUGUUUAACCUCGGUAUUGGAUUUGUUCUCAGGCGCAGACAGUGUGCAGCAGCUUUGUGACUCAACCGACGAAGAGUUCCAGACACUCGCCGAGCACGUAGGCAUGGCCAGAAAGCCCCUUCACGUGAAAAGAUUGAAGAACGCACUCAAACAGUGGUCAUGCCAUGCAGCCGUAAUGACGUCCAUUCCUUCAAACGAGUCGGAGCGUGAAGUUCACGAACUGCUUCAGCGAGCGGAUCUCCUCGCCUACUACGACAAGUUCAUCGAGAAAGGCUUAGACAAUGUGCAGCAGCUUUCUGACUCGACGAAAGAAGAGUUCCAGGAGUUCAUGGAUCUUGUUGGCAUGGCCGAAUUCCCUUUUCACGUGAUGAGGUUGAAGGACGAACUGGAACAGUGCACAGGGCAUCCAGGAACUGAUCCGGCAGCUCAAUUUCAUCUCCACAUGGAAAGGUCGCAACAGUGGAAAGACGUCAGGAAGGAAAUGCACGAAGCUAUUGCGGCCAAAGAUGAGGCUGGUGUUCGAAAGCGCCUGGAUGCCGCGCCUGUAUUGAAACUGUGGUUGGACCCUGUGAAAGAUAAGUCAGCUCUUUACAAAGCAGUCGAAGAGAAAGCUUUGCGUAUUCAUGGUCUCUUAAUCUCGCGCGAAUGCGCCCUCAAAGACGACGAAGACUCAUCGUGUUACGAAGGUCUCACACAUGUUGAACGAGCUGAAAUUCGUCGGCAACAAUAUUACACCACCAAAUACGAGGACUCUUACAUCGACUAUCUGAAAAGCAAAUCCCGGAGCGCCAGCGGAUGUGAUGACUUCGGUGUACGAUUGGAGAAGACGUUUAAGCAGCUCUGCAGUGAUGAAGUAAACAAGAGUAUUCUGAAAGUUGUUGCAACAGCACCACACCUAGAUAUAGUGUUCGACUCUGUGGCUAAAAACGUUAAGAGGAUUACUGGAUCCGGCGGGUGUUCCACACGCGGUCUGACCUAUCAUCAAGAAGAAAGGGUUUAUGUCUGCGGCAGCACAGAGAAGCGAGAAGUUUGGGGAACUCUCAUUCAUGAGUUGUCCCACAUGGCACUGACCUUAGUUUACAAGAAUGAGGGAAAGCCAUAUAACCGCGGCGAUAAGGAGAAGGAACGUCAGUACCAAGAAAUUCUGAACGACGUUAAAGGAAGGAAAAAUAAUGUGCAUUUCCUUAUCCAGAAAGCCUUCGACAAUAAUGAGGAAGAAGAGCUAAUUGUACGGAUUCCUCACAUACUGACCGAAUGUGACGAAGGAAAUAGGAUUCUGGAGCUUCAAGCACCGAAACUACUAAAGUUUUUCAAGGACACUGUCAUGCCAGACAUGCAGAGAUACAUUCUGAAUGGAAUCCCGUCCAUAGAUUCAACGGAAAUCGAAAAAGAGAACAUAAGACUUGGAAAAGCUUCCCAUGUUGGCCAAUUCAAAGUCAAUUUCGAGAAGCCGCUGGGCCUGCGUGACCUGCAAAAUAUGCCUCUUCUCGUCCUUGCGGGUCCAGAAUUGAGUCUCCUCGAAAUAAUGGUUUACAACACUGUGCAAUCCACGGGGCAGCCAUACUUGUUUUUCGAAGCAAACCAAAUGGGCCCUACGCUGACGCAUGUGUUACUGAACUACAAAUGUCGAUUUGUGCUUGUAACGGUUUAUCCAAACGAAAACGUCCAAGAGAUUAUUGAACUUCUCAGCGAAGUAUCCUCUGUGACUGGAACAAACGUCAUCUUGGUUGUCGAAGACAGAGACAAAGAGUACUUGAAGGAACAAGUGGCAAAAGACAAAUUCUUUGCUGGGAAACAUGAAGUUCGCGAUAACGUUGAAGCAGACAUCGAGAAUGUCACGCGCGACUGCAAAGAAGAAUUGCUUAAAAAUUCUUCGUUAAGCCUUCAGGGCGAAUAUAUUUCAAAAUUCCAGAAUGUAAUGCAUACUGGUACUUUCUUACGCUGCUUAGACACUUCGGAUUUCCUAAACCUGUGCCGAUGUAAGACAAUUGACCUGGGACCUCGUCUUCAUGAACUUGAAGGUUCUGUCAAGGACUGUUAUGUGGAGCGAGUGUUUACAAGGACUGUGCAAAUUGACCUGAAAGCGUGCAGACUGGACGAUGACAAGGAGGCUUUCGCACUUUUGGGGUGUCCGGAUGAUUGUGCUGCAAAACUUGUACCUGAUGGCUACGAAGCAAAACAUCAGGAAAAUUUGACGCAGUUUGAAAAAUUUGUGGUCCUUCAAGAGUUACGUGACUACGACGCUCUCCUAGACAAUGAUAAAUACAGAGAGAAGGUAGUGCACCUGGUAAGGCUAAACGAAUCUCAUAAUGGACUCUUGUGGACCAAAUCAAAUGGCCCUCUCAGUCACCUUCGAAUGACUGGGAGUGAAGAUUAUACUACAGAGACGUUGCUGAACGUGCCCGAGAAGGUCGUUGUCGUCUCUGGAGCACCUGGUAUGGGAAAGAGUGUGUUGGCAUGUCGGUUGUGUACACAGUUAAAAGCUCAAGAGAAGAAGCGGUGGGUGCUCUACGUCCACCUUCCUCAGAGAAUGGCAUCUGUUAAAACUGCGUCGCCUAGUCUGGAAUAUCUAGCGGAUCUGUGCCAAGUACAAAGAAGUGGUCUGGAGUUCGCUUUGUUCGAGGAAAGCUUGAAGAAUGGUAGUCCUUUCCAGGUCGUAGUCAUGUUGGAUGGCUUCGAUGAAGUCAAUGAGAAAUGUCGCAAGUGUGUGCUCGACCUUAUACAGUUUCUAGCUAACAAAAAAGUUUACAAGGUGUACAUUUUUACUCACCCUGUGUUUAAACCCCAUGUACAAGGUACCUUGCACACUGUGUCAUAUGACCUAGUUCCUUUUUCUGAUGAGAACCAGAAUGAAUUCCUCACAAGAUAUUGGGCCCAAAGAGAAACUCCGGCGACCAAGAAUGACGCAUUUUGGCAAAACUUCGAGCAAGUGUACGGGAAGCUGAAGAAGAAAGACAAGACAAUCCUCGAAACCCCUCUCCUACUUCGUAUGAUGGCUCAGAUGGAGAGCAGGGAAACUACGAGGUCGGACGAUUACUCUUCACGUCUUAAUGUUGCUGACAUCUCCGGUGGGAGCAGUAUAUACACUGUACACAUCUACAAGAUGUUUGUCGAGUACAAGCACCUUGUGCACCGAAAAGAGAAGGUGAAGGAAGACAUCUCCCGAAGUGCUGUGCGAGGGGACAACCAUGACGCGAAGUCUCCAUUCUACAUAAACCAUGGUCUCCUGGCUAUGAAGUGUAUAUUUCCUCAGGAGAUAUUGAAGAAUUUAUUGAAUGAAGACGAAUUAGAGCAGUUAGAUCCCGAAGGAAGUUUAAUCACCGGCAUGGAUUCUUUCAAAGAAGGUUUUGUGAAUAGAAUUAACGAUGGAGGAAUUCCCGAGUUCGUUCAUAAGACUUUUGCCGAAUUUUUCGCAGCUCACUACCUGUUGGAAAGGGCAAAAGGAACAAAAGAAUCCACUUUUAGGGAAAACGUCGUCGGAUUGUAUGGUAAAAGAGACUAUGAAGCUGUAAUGAUGUUGUUCGAUGAACUGGCGUCUUCGUCCUAUCCGCUUCACUGUGCUGUAAUAAACAACGACGCUUCAUAUUUUGAGCAACUCGUUAUCCAAAGACACGAUAUGUUCGAAGUGGAUGAGCUCAAAAGGACGCCAUGGCACGUAGCAGCUCUGCAUUCUGAUGAAGCAACAUUGAAGAAGCUUCCGAUGGAUGGUGAACUAAUCAAGAAUGAUUUGUUUAAUAUGUCACCGUUGGGGUACAUGGAACUUUUUUCCCCAUGGAUGGACCUUUUGUUGACUGGGACUUCGGCUGUGAGAAACAGACUCGACGUGUUAUGCACUCGAUGCACUGAGGAAGCAGUGAGACGUUCUACCGAAAAUCUGCGCACAUGUGAAACCUUGGAGCAAACGAGACAUUUUCUCGAACGAGCAAUAUUCACGGCUGUGAGACAUGACCUACGAGGCGUUUUAGACGUGUAUCUGACCUAUGUGUCCCCGAAAGAGAGUACCGUAAUUCUAGACAGAGACACCAUGGACCAAUUAGAAUCACGCAAGGAACGAAGCUUGAGAUGUUCUGCAGAGCCUCAGGCAAUUGAAGAUCUCGAUGAUAUCAGAGACGAUGACAAUAGAACUGUUCCUUUUUACGCAAAGUCUGGGGUUGUUUGUAAAAUGCUCCUUGCUUACUGCGAUAUGGGAAUUCUUGAUCAGGAUGGAAACACAAUGUUGCACAUUAGUGUGAAAGCAGGAAAUCUGGAGACAACACAGUUUUACAUUUACCUCGCACAUUUAUCCGUUAACAAUAGAAAUAGAAAAUUUCAAACUCCUUUGCACUUGAGUGAAGAUGCAGAGAUUGUGAAGCUACUUCUUCCUCUUUAUCCCUCAGUGAAUGUUCUCGAUUAUCAUGAAGAAACUCCGAUAGAUAUAUGUGCAAAGAGAGAUGAUUUGGAGGCCAUGAAGUUGUUACUCCUUCGCACUCGAACAUAUGACACACAUCACAUCAGACUGAACACAACGCUUCAUGUGGCUUCUGGCUCUCAUUCCCUUCAAGCUGUGAUGCUUCUUCUACCUCACACAAAUGCGCACAUGGUUAACUACAGAGGAGAAACGUGCUUAGACGUUUCUUGGACAAGUUGGGAAUAUCUGUGGAGUUCGGAUUCCAACGUUAUGAGGUGUCUCAUCCCACACUCGCUCGUAAACUCACCUGAAACGUUCGCCUCAUCACCGUUGUACGUCUGGGGGAGAGGCGGUCGAAGGGAAUUGAUGGAAACUCUAUGGCCUUAUUUGCGACACAGUGGUCCUAGGCGUGCACAGAGGAUCAGCAGAAGCUAUGUGUUUAUGCGGAUGGACAGGGACUUCCAACAAGAAAUUUUGUGUCUGAAACUUCUCUUCCUCCAUUUAGAUGACAUCGCUGGUGAUCCUUGUAGCCGUAAACUGCUACAUGAUGUGGCCAAGGACAAGCUACGUGUGAUAGAAGAAGAAAAUUUCAUUAAUUACGUGAAGCUGUUACUGCCGCAUUUAAAUCUCAGUGAGCUGGAUUAUGUAGAACGUGGAGUAAAAAAUGAGGACAUCGUUACCUUAUAUCGGGGAUGGUCGCACAUGAAUAACACCGAUGAUCCCCACAUUCACGAUGUCAACGCGGAAAUGGUCGGCGCCGAUGGCAAUACGAAGUUGUUCAUAGAAGCAGAGGAAGGUAAUGUGGAAGCUGUUAAGAUUCACCUCUCCCCUUCAUCCGUGUGCUUUACAGAUGAAAAAGAGAACACUGCAUUGCACUUGAGCGCGAGGAAUGGACACACAAAUGUGGUGAAGCUUCUCAUUCCUUUUUAUACAUCAGUGGACGUGAUCAAUGUGUAUCGAAAAACGCCCAUGCAUGUGUGCGCCUUUAAAGGAGACUUGGACGUUGUGAAGUUGUUAUUACUCCGCUCUAGAAUGAGUUCCCGUGAUGACGAUGGAAGGACACCUCUUCACUUGGCCUGUGAAAGUGGUGACGUUGAUAUCGUGAACUUCCUUCUUCCACACUCAUUCUCUAAUAUGCGCGACGUUAGGCGAAUCACCAACGAAAACCUGUGCACAACGUUAUAUGAUAGGAAUGCUGGUGACAUUAUUGCCAUAUUCCUGUGA